ACUACAUUUCCCGGCGCGCCCCGCGCCCCCCCAUGGCCAUGGAGACGGCGGUUCGAGCCCGCGGCCGGCCCCGCGGCGCGGCCCCGCCAUGGAAGGAGGCCUAUCGCCGGCGCUGCAUGGAGAGGCUGAGGAAGAGCCGGGCCAAGCUGCUGGAGCGGUACCGGCAGGCCGGGGAGAGGGUGAACGGCCCGGCCGCGCUGCUGGCGCAGGAGGUGAUGGAGCAGGAGUGGCAGACGCUGCAGGAAGGGCUGCCCUGGGGAGGGGAGGCCCUGGCACAGAUGCCAGAGGACCCAGAUGAGCUAGCAGUGCUGGAAGAGAUUGAACAGGAACUGAUCUUGCAAGGGCAGCUGGCUAUGGAGGAGUAUCAGUACAGCCUGCAGUUUGAUGAGGAGUGUCUCAAUGCCAUGCUUGAUGGUCUGGAUGCCAGUGAUGGGAUCAUCUGCCCAGUGUGUAGAAAGAAUAACCUGACUGUGAGGAAUGACUUUGUGUUUUGCCAGUGUGGGUUACACAUCAGCACCCAGGGAAUGACAGAAGAGAAGCUGCGGUCGCUUCUGGAAAACGCUGUCACUGAGCACAGUCACCAGUGCUUCCACAGCCCCCAGUUCACAGUGACCAGUGGAAUGGAGGAGGAGCCCAGUCUGCUCAUGAGCUGCUCGGUCUGUGACUCCUGGACGAUUCUCCUGUAAGCUGAUUCUGCUGCUUUUUACUGGAAGGACUUCAAAACUCCACCCCGAGCUGCUAAGUUGUUUGUUUGGUUUUUUUUUAAUGUAUAUAAUUGUAACUUUUGUGCCAAAAGAUACUUAGGCACAGGAGUAUUGCCUUACCCUGCACUUUUAAUAACACACACUAUCUUUUGAAAUAAAUAUACUUAGUUGACUUUA